CACGCACCGCAUCUUGGCCGACGACGAUAUUGUUGAUACCACACACUCCGCACUCCCCACAAGGCCUACAGUCUUCGCGCAUACGCGAGGAUCUCUAAAUCACUUCAAGAUGUCCUCGCCUCCGCAAACACCUACCCACCGGCCCGCUUCCUCCCACCGUCGUUACCCCUCGAGCCUCGAUAUGUCACAUAACGCUACCCCCUCGAGGCGGCACUCGCUACACCGACGCUCAUCUGGGUAUUCGCCCAUGACACCGCAGUCCUCGCAUGGCUUUGAACCUGGAAGUCCGGUUCAGAACAAUGACGGCGGGGGAGAUAAUGAGUUGGGUAAUCUGGCGGACGAACUAGGCGACAUAUGGGACGAUGAAGAGGAGGAGGGCGUUGAUGGCGAUUUUGGAGAAGAGCUAGAGCUUCCGCAGGAGGGAGAGAAUGGGAUCGGGGUAGCUCUCGAUCACGACGGUUCUGUUGGCCAUAACGGCGUCCCGAGAGAUAGUGGGGUCGUAAUGCAGUCAUCGUCGCCAGACUCUAAAACAACAUUGAGCCCAUUUGCAGCUGCAAAACAGAACGGUAGGAGGCACCAGAGGCAAAGGUCUUUGUACGAUGGGUCUGAUUACGGAGACGACUCUGACUUGGAAGUCAAUGAGGGCAUUUCCGCGGGGCUGGAGAGACAAAUGGCUGGUAUUGAAAGCCUGGCGCGGCGAGGCAUCGAAGAGAAUGGGAGCUCGUCCGAUCAAGUGGUGAAGCGAUUUAUGGAGCGAUUGCGGGAUCUUGGAAGCCAGACAUCGAUCGAGAACGGUGCAAUGCGACUCAAAACAACACACGACGCUUUAGCAUCACACUUGACCCAUCAAUCUCGAACUUUGACAUCACUUUCGGCUUCGUUUUCAGGUCCUCGAGCCAUUAUACCAGAUCCUGAAACGAUUGACUCACUCCUCCCGCUCAUCAAUAGUACACUCGAAUUACUUCCGCAUGCGUCGCCCGAAGCCCUGCACCUGAUCACCCAGCUCACAUUUUCCAACAGAGAAAUGUCACAGCACCUUUCCAAUGUCUCAGACUCGUUGCACAUGAGCCGACAAGGCCAGACCAAUGCCGCCCGCCGCUUGAAGACUGCCAAAGACCAGUUAGCAGACUGGAAGAAAGAGACAGAUCUGCGUGACCAAGGGAUUCACUAUAUCGAGUCAGGCGACUGGGACCGAAAACUGAAAGAGCGAGACGCCAAACGAGAUUGCGGAAGUGUCCUAGAAGGAUUCGAGGAAACCUGCGGUAUGUGGAGAAAACGUCUCUGUGAGGGACUCAACGUUGCCAGCGCUUGAGCGCGAUCAUCACAUACUGGUGGCUUUUAACUUUGGCCGAACUUAUUUACGCUUCCUCUUGACGAGACGACGAAGGAAUUGGAAGAGUAGCAGCAUUGCCAUUCUUCCACCCUUCAGUAUUUACAACUUUCGAUUCGACUCCCCAGCGGAGCAGUAUGUUGGCUAUACUAAACGAACAUCAUUAGACUUGGCGUUUUUCUAUUUUGACAAAGGCAUGGGCGGUGGGGGGGGGGAGUGGACCUGGAAACUAAUACCCUU